GUGACCAUGCCUUCAAUACGACGUUUGGGAGUUUAUUUAGCUAACGGCUCAGCCUGCAUUGGCUUAUAUUCUAGACAGCCAUUUCAAAAACAAACCAAAGCCAAACCCCACGUUUUUGUGUCGAUUAGCUAACUGACGUUUUUCAACCGAACUCGUGCAACGUCGCUUCCAGGGGAAAUUAGCUAGUUAGCACUGUUACCUUCUCGGUAAUAGGGGUUACCUAACGUUAGCUAGCUAACUAAAUUAACAACAACAGGGUAUGGGUUGUCUGUUGCAAGUUGUUUUCACCAUAUCUGUUAUUUUGACUAAUCUCAUGCUGUAGAUGCAGCUUGUUUCCUCAAGCUUGAGUCGUCCUCCAUUCCCCACAGUCGCGAGAAUUACAAAUACAGAAGAGCACAUAAACUGGCCAACGCUCUAUUUAGAACACUGAUAAGUAUGACUGAGUCCAGCGGAAUGACUGAAGUCACAGUGAAGACUCUGGACUCACAGAGCAGGACUUACAAAGUCAGAGGCGAGUUGACAGUGAAGCAGUUCAAGGAGCACAUAGCGUCCUCAGUGGAGAUCCCGGUUGACAAGCAGAGACUUAUCUACCAGGGCAGAGUGCUACAGGAUGACAGAACGCUGACUGAAUACAAUGUAGAUGGUAAGGUCAUCCAUCUGGUGGAGCGUGCCCCGCCUCAGGCCACUGUAUUCUCCUUUGGGGGUGCAGGUGUUUCUACUGAUGGGGCAGAGGGUGGAAGCAGUAGCAGCAGCCAUGCCUCCUCCCAGGGUGCCCCACAUGACCGCAAUGGUAACAGCUAUGUGAUGCUGGGGAGCUUCAACCUACCUGUCAACAUGAUGGACUCACAGCAGAUACAGAUGUCAGUUCAGCAGAUGCUGACUGGAGAUGGUGAAGCCAGGGUCAGCACUGGUUCAGGGAGCAAUGGCUCAAUGGAUGUGCAAAUCAGCUUGGACCGGUCAGUUGAGAGUGAACCCAGGGUGAGGCUGCAGCUUGCUGAGAACCUGCUUAGAGACGCUCACUCUCUAAUCCACAGUUUGGAGGGAGUGCCCAGUGACAGCAGCUCCCAUUCAGAGGCAGGGAUACUUCCGUCUUCUUUGUCUCCAACACCAUUGUCCUCAUCUCUAAGAAGGCCUGAAGCACCACGAGUAGUGCUUACCAGCUCAUCCCCAGCAGCAUCAGCGUCACCCCAAACUGAGAGACCAGCUAUCACUGGGCCCAACCACCCUAGUCCCGCUGAGUUUGUGGAGGUUCUCUCUGAGGUCAGGAGGGUGGAGGAGCGAUUACGUCCCUUCAUAGAGAGAACCCACUCAAUCCUCGGAGCUGCCACAUCAGCAGACUACAACAACAAUACCCAGGAAAGAGAGGAAGAUCAGCGCAUUCUUAACCUGGUUGGAGAUGCUCUUCGUCUCUUAGGGAUCACACUGGUUGUCCUUGGUGACCUACGCUGUAACCUGGGAACCUCUCCUCCACGUCACCUGUAUGUGGUUCGCCCCUUGGCUCAUUACAACCACCCAGUUCUGCUUCAGGCUAGUCUGCCAAUGCAUUUAGGGACAACAGUAACCAUGACGUCUAAUGGUAGACAAGCAACUGAUGGACAGCAACAAACCUUUCAGGGCACUGACCAAUCAGAUCAGCAGGCUACAGGCCAGACUCUGCCUCUUCGGGCAAAUGGGACCAAUCGAGGAGGACCUAGGGUGAUCCGGAUCACACAUCAGACGAUGGAGCCUGUAGUCAUGAUGCAGAUGAACACUGAUGGCGAAUCGGCUGCAGGGUCUCAGAUACCAGGACAACCAAAUGCUGCAGCUUCUCAACAACCUGGCACAACACCUGCCCACUUCACAGAAUUACCUCCUGAGUUCAUGCAGGCAAUUGUGCACCAGUUUUCUCACCAACCCACUGCCAUGGCUGCUACACCCUCAGCAGCCCACCCAGUGCACAUGAUUUCUGGCUCUGACUCAACACCCAGUGCACAGACAGCUGCUUCACCGCUGCUCCCCAACACCCCUGUACAGGGUAGGGUAGUCAUCACCAGGCCAUCCUUGUCCACCCACAUUGCCCAGCCUGUGGGAAAUACCAUCAACCUGAGGGCUACAGGUGGCCAGCAGCCAGGACAGGGCACGGCACUGGGUCCCUCCUCUCUCACCCAGAUGAUCAGUGGUCUGGUUGGACAGCUUCUGAUGCUGGAGCAGCCAGGUGAUCCUUCAGCGAACUCUCAGUCCUCCCUGUCUGCCUCUUCCAUGUUUGUUUCCAGCACUGCUUCUCCCCCCUUUCUCUCAGCUAAUACAUCUGGACAGACAUCCACCCGCACCACAAGUACUACCUCAGUCGGUCAGCCAGCAGAGACCAGCCCAGAGGGAUAUAUGGCUCAGCUCUUGGGAUCUCUACUGGGAGCAGCAGGGUUGGGUGGUCCUGGCUCUGGAUUGGCUCCAUCCAUCACUGUGACAUUACCAGGGGUUCCUGGCUUCUUCCAGAGCAUGUCAGACUUGGCACCACCACCCGCCCCUGGCCCCAGGGCCUCACUUCUUCAUCAGUCCAUUGGUCCUGCUCCCUCUCAGACCGGCAGCAGCCCAGCCGGAGACUCUCUGAGUCCAGAGCUGUUCUCUGGCAUCAUGCAGGGAGUGCUGUCCACCAUGAUGAGCUCUUUUGGGGCACAGCAGGGCAAUGGAGAAAGCAUUGCCCAGUUCAUCCAGAGGCUGUCCCAGACCAAUAACCUGUUUGUUCCUGGCUCUGGGGAUGCCGUGGGGUUCUUUGGGGACCUGCUCUCCCUGGUGUGUCAGAGUUUCUCUAUGGUGGAUAUGGUGCUGUUGCUUCAUGGGAACGCCCAGCCUCUGAGUCGCAUCCGGCCUCAGCUCACAGACUUCUUCACUGAACACUAUCUCCAGGAGCAAGAACCUACUGAUGCCAACAUAGCUGCAGCAGCUGAGGACCUCAUUAAUGGACUUGAGGAUUACAUAGCUGAGAGCUUUGCCACAGUGACAGUGCGUGAGGGAGUGGACAUAAUUCAGACCAACCUGUCUUUCUUCAGACAGCAGUUCACGCAAAUGGCCACACAUAUUCUUCGCUGCCACGAUCACAUGUUUGGCCCCCGCCUGCUGUUGCUGUGUACUCAUAGCCUGUUUGAGUGUCUGGCUCUAAACCUGUAUUGCCUGGGAGGAGAACACAGAUCUCUGACUGCUGUUAUCAACCAACACAUUAGGAGGAUGUCUGCAGAAGUCAAUCCCAGUCUGGUCAACUGGCUGACCAACAUGAUGUCUAUGAGGCUGCACAUCAUUUUGGAGCAUAACCCAGUUACUGAGGACCAAAUCCAACACUACAUUAUCCAUUUACAGGAGGAGUUGAACCAGAGGACGGAGACUGAGGUGGAACAGCUAUCAGAGCGUGCAAGUGUGGAGAUGGAGGAGAGUUCGUCUCCAGCUGCAGCCACUACAGCAGAGGAGGCCAUGGUUUUCACUGGAGAGGGAGAAGCACCUCCACCUGGUUUAUCUGUGGAUGGUUCAUCUCAGUGCUCCUCUGGGCCCCAAGCAGGACACGACGAAGUGGCUCCUGAAAUGGAGCCAUGGGCAGCAGCUGUUCCACCUGAAUGGGUUCCUAUCAUCAGACAUGACAUGCUGUCCCAGAGGAAGAGCAAAGCCCAGCCCCCGCUGUCUGAUGCGUACCUGCAUGGGAUGCCUGCUAAGAGAAGGAAGACGAGCCAGUGUGAAGGACCGCACCUGUCCCUGUCGGACGCAGUUAGUCGAGCUGCUCGUGCUGUGGGAGUCCUGCCUGUCUCUUCCCCAAACAGCCUGCAGGUAGAGCUGGAGAGCCCAGAGAUACAGGACGCUUACGCCAAACAGGUAAAGUGUGACAUCACACAACGAGUGAGAGACGAUCCAGACUUUACCGGCCAGAGAUUCCCCAACACAUAUCAAGCUUUCUCUAUAGAAGACUCCUAGUCCCAGUCAAACAGCUUGUGCCACAGAGGAGCAGGAUGGGGUGAUGAAACCUACCCUGCAGUGUGAGACCCUGAUACAUGUAAUGUGGCAUAAGCAAAGAAGACAGCUGCUGACUUCACUUCCUCCUCUCUUCUGUGUCAUGGAGACACACGCCGCUGUAGUUUGGUUAGAAUGGGAAAAUCUGUAGACUCUUGCUAAAACACCCCACCUCCGACACCUCUGAGAAGGACCUGAUAGAAUGACCUGACAUCAGUGCAGAAGCAAACAGAUCUACAUGAUUCAAAAGGAUCUAGCUUAAUGUCAGAACUAAUCCUCUAUGGUAUGCAGUUUCUAAUCAGUGUGGGCAGUCAUACCAAAGUUCGAGAUAUUAUUAGUAUAUUACUGUAUAUUAGUUAGUGGUGGUGUCACUGCUAGGAAAGAAUAGAGUCAGAAUGUUCUGAGAAUAAAGUUUCAUUAAUCUGUGAAACAGAUGCACAAUGAGAGUGAACGUGUAAUCUGACAGUGUAAACGAAUGUCCGAAUUUAUAAAGAUAUCAAAUAUUGAGGUAAAGUCAGCGUGCUUAACCCUCUCAAGGCAGGCGUUGCAGAUUUGCAACAGUUUACAACUAACAACCUGAUUACCCCACAUACAUAUUUUAUGAGGUUUUUUUUUUUUGAUAAUUUUCCCCGAAUAUCAGAUUUCUCCUGUAACUAAAACUUAAUUUGAGCCUGAGAGGGUUAAUAUUAGGAGGAAAAGUGUUAUAGUGUUGUUAAGGACAAAAAUAUUUUAUGAGAUAAAGUGUAUUUAUUGUUAUAGUAAACAGUGAUGGUGAAAAAAACUUGUGUGAGGCAAAAAAACAUAGGUGAGCACAAAUUUAUGCUAAAAAAAAUGAUCUUCUUAAACUAUUCUGCUGUCAAACAGCAGUGGUCCUGAUACACUGUCAUACUGAGCAGUUCUGCCCUGUGUUAUAAAUACAUAGUAGCAUAGAGCUUUGUCAGUUGCACUUUACCUUACCAUAUAAAGAAUCGUGAUUGUUGUUAGUGUUUCCAUGAUAUCCGCUUUAUAUUAUUUUCACAUCUUAUCGAUUUUAGUGAAUCACAGACUUGCACAUUUUAUUUUUUUUGGUAUUUUAGAGCAUUACGUGUAAUUGACUCUGUUGUUGAGUAAUACAGGAUACAGCCCGAUCGGUGAUAUUUGUCUGUUAGAAAAGCUUUGUCAAACUGUGAACUGUUACUACCUGCUUGAUAACAUCAUAAUCAUAAAUCCACUUUUAAAUCCA